AUGUUUCUAAAUUUUCUAGAUUGAAAGUCUUUCGAUAAGAGAAAUAAGUUUGAUGUAAUGGAGAUUCAUCAUUCACAUUUAUCAUCAUCAGCUAGUUUGGAAGAUGCACAGGAUUAUGAUACUAAUGAAAUUUCUCAACCGGAUAUUUCUGGUUUACAAAGUGAAAAAAUAUCUGCAAAACAGGACGAUCAAGUAAAAUCGUCAGCCAAUGUGGUUUCAAGAAAACACAACAAUUUCCUCAGUUUAUUUUCUCUUAGAGAUAUCAAUUCUUGCAUUCUAAUUUCGGAGAAUAAACGAGUAAUUUGUUCUGUCAUGAUUUCGUUAUUAGUUGUCCUGUCUUAUGCCCAUAUACCACUUAGUAUAGCAAGGUCAAAUAGCUUUGUUGCCUCAAGGCCACUUUACAUAUUGUUGUUAACUGAUUUUACAAUAGUGAUUGCACGAAUAGUUCGCAAGGAAGUAAUUCCUGAUGAAGAAAGAGCUAAAGGCACAGAACGAGUGAAGGAUUUUGGACAUAAUUGGGAUGGAGCUCUAUCCAUAUUGGAGUAUGGUUUGGUUCUGUAUCAGACAAUUCGUGCAAUCUUCAUUGACUGCAGUUUCUAUUUGGUCAUUGUAAUAUGUGGUCUGUCUCUCAUAUAGUAAACAUACAAAGAAGUCAAUUCAUAUCAUAUAUAAAUAAUAUAAUUUUUCUCUAAA